AACAACGGACGUGUCCAACUAUGGCCUGGUUACCCAGCAGCUCCAAUGCAGCUGACAAUGCGGAUGAGCGCAGCACGGCAAGUCACUCCAGUUCCUCAUCAUCACACAAUGGCAACGGGAAUGGCAAUGCAAAUGCAAAUGGAAACACCAACAUCAUACGUCGUGAGGAAACCAAUGGACAUCUGAAUGGCACUUUAGCACGUCAACCUCCAGCACUCUUGCGGCAUGCCACGCCCUAUGUGCAGCCCAAAACGGAGUCCAUAUCGGAUGGCGAUCUAUCGGAUUUUUCACUCAACGAUACCGAGGAGGAUGAGGAUGAACUCAGAGAUUACAUAGUGCUCAAUGGCAAUCAGGCAGAUGGCAGUCGCUCAUUGUCCAAUUCGCCUCGCAGUGGCAGCGGCCACAAUCUCUUUCAAGGAGCAGCGGCUGGCAAUGGUUCCUCGGGAGGAUUGUCUGGUCCAGGCGCAAGCUUAGCUGGCGGUACGACAUCUGGUACACCUGGUACACCGGUAGGUGGUGUGCGCAAGGUGUUCACCAAUACGAGAGAGCGAUGGCGACAACAGAAUGUCUCCGGGGCCUUUGCUGAGCUGAGGAAAUUGGUGCCCACACAUCCGCCGGAUAAGAAGCUCUCCAAGAAUGAGAUUCUACGUUCGGCCAUCAAAUAUAUAAAGCUCCUAACGGGAAUUCUCGAAUGGCAGCAACAACAGACGCCGAUGAUAAGCGAGGAGCCCAACAACAAUGAUAAUUGCAUGGCAAAUGGACAUGCAACGGAUGCACUGCAUCAUAUCAAAUGCGAGAGGUUGGACAGGGACAACAAUAAUCAACAACAGCAACAGCAACAACAGCAGCGUGGCAAUGACUUAUUGAUGAUUGCUCCUCCAGCAAGUGCUCACAUUAAAACGGAGGCGAAUCACUUGACCAGCUACGAGGAGGCGCCACAAACGGUGGCAGCUUCGGUGACAACUGUACCCCUUUCACUACCACUGCCACAGUCCAACUCCUCUCUUCCCAUUGGGGUGCAAGUGCAACCCACAAUCCACAAGCCCGUUGCAAGCACCAGAAGCGGCAGCAAGAGACGCCACAAAAUUGUGGAUGCCGAGUUGAAUCACAGCCAGAACAAGCGACGAAAGACCUGAGCCAAUACCUGCACACUUGACAGAGAUUCAUUAAGGAAUCCCCCAUUACUUAGGAUUAGUUAAAUAUGCUUAUAUCAUACAUUUAAAUUCGAAAUUUAAAGUAAAACUUAAAGAAAACUC